UUAAUUUUAAAUAAAAUUAGUAUAGUUGGACUUGUCCAUUGAUUUUGUUUCACUUGAAGCUUUAGCCUUUCUUUACACCCAAUUCCUCUGUUUCUUCUCUGUCCUUCUCAUUCCCUUCUUCCAACCCCAUCUGCUUUAUUCUCUCUCAGUAUUUAAGUUCCAUUUUUGUAUUCUUUCCUAAAGAAAAGAAAAAAAAUAAAAUAAAAGUGGAACUGGGUUUGUUGCUUGAGUGAAGGAAGAAUCAUUUGAGGUUCAGAUCUAGCUGAGCUGAGUUUGUUUCAGGUAAUGGACACUUACCGAAAAGAGGUCUCUUUUGGUUUCUUGGUCUCUCUCUCAUUGACUUGAGUUAAGAAGAAGAAGUAGAAAAAAAAACCCAUUUCUUGUUUUUCUUCUUUUCUCCUUCUUUCUCUUCUUUUGAGCUUUUUUGUCAAGCCUCCUUUUCUUCUUCUUCUUCUUCUUCUUCCAUUUUGACCUCUGUUUCUGAGAACCAGUUUUCUUGGGUUUUGUCAAAAAGAAGAGCCCACCAUAGAACUCGGGUUCCUUUCAGUUUAGAGAGAGAAAGAGAGAUCUGCGAAAGAAAAACAACAAAAAAAUGUUGGCUUUAGGGAGUCCUACCAUCGGUGUCCGUACAAGUACUACUUGCAAUGUUUUACUCAGAGAGCUUCAGCAAAUAUGGAAUGACAUUGGCGAGACUGAAGCAGACCAAGACCGCAUGCUACUUGAGUUAGAGAGAGAAUGCUUAGAUGUUUACCGGCGGAAGGUUGAUGAAGCUGCCAAUUGCAAGGCACGCCUUCAUCAAUCAGUUGCUGCCAAGGAAGCUGAGCUUGCAACUCUCGUGGCUUCUCUUGGAGAACUCAAUAUUCAUUCCCCGAUUCAGACAGAGAAGAGGUCAAAAUCAUUAAAAGAAAAACUUUCGUCUGUGGCGCCACUGGUGGAAGAUCUAAAAAUGAAAAAGGAGGAAAGGAUGAAGCAAUUUUCAGAUAUAAAGACACAGAUUGAGAAGAUCAGUGGAGAGAUUUCUGGAUACAGUCAUAUCGACAAUUCAACAAUUGGUUCAUUAUCCCUGGAUGAACAAGAUUUAUCUCUAAGAAAGCUAACUGAAUUUCAAACUCAUCUUCGCACUCUUCAAAAGGAAAAGUCUGAUCGCCUUCACAAGGUUUUGGAGCAUGUCAAUGAGGUCCACUCUCUCUGUGCUGUGCUUUGUUUGGAUUUUGGCCAAACUGUAAGUGACGUGCAUCCAAGCUUGCAGGGGACGAGCAUAGAACUAUCCACAAACAUCAGCAAUAGCACAUUGGAAGGGCUGGAACUGACAAUUCUCAAAUUGAAAACAGAAAGAAAAGCGAGAAUUCAGAAGCUGAAAGAUAUUGUGGCAUCAUUGUCUGAACUUUGGAACUUGAUGGAUUCAUCAAGAGAAGAAAAGAAUAACUUUUCAAGGAUUGCUUUUAUCCUUGGAAAAUCAGAAUCAGAAAUUACAGAACAAGGUUUUCUUUCAAUGGAGAUCAUUGAGCAGGCGUCCCAAGAAGUUGAGAGGCUCACUAAAUUAAAAGCAAGCAGAAUGAAAGAACUUGUGAUUAAGAAGAGAUCAGAAUUGGAAGAAAUAUGCCGAGUUACUCAUAUUGAGCCUGAUCCUAGCACGGCUAUUGAGAAAUCAACUGCGAUGAUAGAUUCAGGUCUGGUAGAUCCAUCAGAACUCCUCGCAAACAUUGAAGCACAGAUAGUAAAAGCUAAAGAAGAGGCUAUAAGCCGAAAGGAAAUAAUGGAUAGGAUUGACCGGUGGCUGGCUGCUUGCGAAGAAGAAAAUUGGCUUGAAGAAUAUAGCCUAGAUCACAACCGGUACAGUGCUGGAAGAGGUGUUCACAUAAACCUUAAACGUGCAGAACGAGCUCGAGUGACUGUAACCAAAAUUCCAGCAAUGGUGGACAACUUGAUAAACAGAACUUUGACAUGGGAAGAUGAAAGGAAGAAGUUAUAUCUUUAUGAUGGGGCAAGGUUGGUAUCAAUACUGGAGGAUUACAAGCUCAGUAGACAACAGAAAGAAGAAGAGAAGAGGAGAUACAGGGACCAAAAGAAGCUCCAAGAUCUCCUCCUCACAGAGAAGGAAUCAAUAUAUGGAUCUAAACCAAGUCCUAGGAAAAGUAACAGCUUUAGAAAGCCAAACGGAUACCGUGCAAAUGGUAAUGGCUCAAUGACUCCCACCCCUCGUCGAAGCUCAGUUGGCAGUGCAACUCCUGAACUCAUGACACCCCGGUCAUAUUCUGGUCGCCAAAAUGGUUACUUCAAGGAAAUGAGAAGAUUGUCUACGGCACCAUUGAACUAUGUGGCCAUAUCUAAAGAGGAUACAAUGUCAUAUGCAUCUGUAUGCGGGUCUGAGCUAGGAUCUCCUCCGCAUGGUUGAACUUCAAAAUUUUAAAAACGACGCCUUCUUUCGAGUGUGUUAUGUUGGGAAAUGGAAAAAUGAUGAUACUAUUGUGCAGGAACAUGCUAGAGGAUAGUACACGCAAUUAAAGCCUUGUGAAUAUGGAAGGAACUGUACACUAAGAUUGUAAUUUGUUAGGAUUACAUGGGGGAGAUGAGUGUGGUAGCUAACAAUUCGAGCACAUAAAAAUUUCGAUCUUGGCUGGUUGGAAGAAGUUUACUCUGGAAAAAGAUGGUGCCUUUGGUAGUAGAUUUACAUUUUGGAACAUGUUUUAUAGUAAGUAGUACUGACCAUGUUCAUGUUCAUGUAUUUUGCUUUUGUUCUUUUUAUUUCAUGAAUUCUUGUGUAUAUAUAUAUAUGUAUACCUGAGUGAAUAUUAUCAUUUUAUGUGGGCAA